CGGACCCAAGAGCGCAGCUGGGCAAAGAUGGCGGCGGGCUCCGAUUUGCUGGAUGAUGUUUUCUUCAACACAGAUGUGGACGAGAAAGUAGUGAGCGAUCUAGUCGGGUCUCUGGAUGCUGAGCUGACCGGAGCGGGGAUAAAGGCCCAGCCCGCCGCAAACCACGUCGGCAAGCCGGCUGUAGUGAAUCACUCCAAUGCCCAGGGCAGCAAAAUGGGACUUUCACAACAAGAGCUUGAUAAAGCGGGAGCAGGAGUGCAGGGAGGUGUCAUUAACACUACGGGAGCAGCAUCGAGCUCGUCCAAACUACGGAAGCCCGGAAUGACCGGCGUUCAAACUAUGAAUGGAAGUGCUAUAGUGGUGAACUGUCAUGUGGCCGGAGUCAGCAGCAGCAGCAGCAGCAGUGUCGUCAUCAACAACAACAACAACAACAACAACUCUCAGCCGGCUGUCACGCUUGUCAACAACGGAGCUGUCCCUGUGAGUAAAGCGAGCACUAUCAUCAAAGCUUCACCCACGCAGAGAAGUGUCCCCACUGUCACGCUGGUGAGGCCACCUAUGCAAACUCCCACCGUGACCUCCCGCAGCGGUGACAGCCCGGCGACCCCAGUGUUGCCAUCGCCAGUCUGCACAAAGACUGUCAUGCAGACCGUGAGGAGCCCGACAGUUCUGCAGAGCCUGAGGACGUCGGUGCCGGCAUCCGUCGCUGCCGCUCCUCCAGGUGGGAUACGAGCCAUCGCUCCACAGGUGUUGGCCCCUCGACUCACUCAGCCUCAGCAGAGCGCACCAAACAUCCAAAACAUCCAGCUGCCUCCAGGCAUGGUUUUGGUUCGCAGUGAGAGUGGGCAGCUGCUGGUGAUUCACCAGCAGACCUUGGCUCAGAUGCAGGCUCAGUCCCAGUCCCAAAGCGCCAUGACACCACGACCUGCAGCCCCCGCCAGCACUCCACCUGUCCAGAUCACUUCUCUUCAGGCUCCAGGCGCGUCACUGCUGGCCCGUCCGGUUACCCCCACCACCAUCAUUAAACAAGGGUCCCCGGUCCAGACCAGUGUGACGGCCACCACCACGUUGCAGAGGCCUCCUGUGCUGCAGAACACCAUCGUGCUGGGAGGAAAUGCCACUGCCCCGGGCCAGCCGCUGGGAACGCCCACUCCAGUGCAGCCUGGUUCUGCAGCCACAGCAGUUACGCAGAGGGUAACCGGGACCACUGUCACUCCAACAGCUGUCUCAGCUGAGACACUGGAGAAUGUAAAGAAGUGUCGAAACUUUCUGUCAACGUUGAUCAAGCUGGCAUCCAGCGGAAAGCAGUCCACCGAGACUACGGCCAACGUCAAGGAGCUGGUCAAGAGUCUGCUGGAAUCGAAGAUAGAGCCAGAGGAUUUUACCAGUAGGUUAUACCGGGAGCUCAACUCCUCACCACAGCCGUACCUUGUGCCUUUCCUGAAGAGGAGUCUCCCAGCACUGCGUCAGAUGACCCCGGACUCGGAGGCCUUCAUCCAGCAGAGCCUGCUGCCUCAGCCCAGCGCUCAGGCUGCAGCAGCCUCCAAGGCGCUCACCGCUGUGGUGCUGCGACCUCCUCUCUCCACGGCCACCGCUACGGCCACCAGCACCGCCGCCGCCAAAACCACAGUUAUCAGCCUCACUCAGACACCUCACAGUAAACCUGGACUGAUAGUGCCCCAGCAACAGGGGACGAUGGUGAGGCCACAGGUGACGCUGGCUCAGUCUCCCAUGGUAACACUCAGAGGACAAUCUCAGAGCCGCAUCAUUGUGGGCCAGCCGCAGGUGGUCAAACAGCUACCGACAGCAAUGAAGCAGACGUUGGCUUCAGGGACAAAAGCAGUGCAGGUGGUCAGUCAGGCCUCUCUCACUGCUGCUCAGAAGAACAAGCUGAAGGAGGCAGGAGGGGGAACCUUCAGGGAUGAUGAUGAUAUCAAUGACGUGGCCUCAAUGGCAGGGGUCAACUUGUCGGAGGAGAGUGCCCGUAUCUUAGCAACCAACUCUGAGUUCGUUGGCACGAUGACUCGAUCCUGUAAGGACGAGACCUUCCUCUCCACCUCUUUACUCACCCGCAGGGCUCUGGAGAUCGGGAAGAAGUUUGGUGUCAGCGAGCUGGGCGCCGAUGUCAUCAACUACAUUUCCCACGCUACACAGCAGCGGCUGCAAAACCUGCUGGAAAAAGUCUCUCUAGUGGCGCAGCAGAAAAACAUAACCUUCAAGGAGGACGAGCGGUACGAGCAGGUCAGCGAUGUGCGAACCCAGCUGAGGUUCUUCGAGCAGCUGGAUCAGAUGGAGAAGCAGAGGAAGGAAGAGCAGGAGAGAGAGAUCCUCUUGAAGGCUGCCAAGUCUCGCUCGCGGCAAGAAGACCCCGAGCAGCUCCGGCUUAAACAGAAGGCCAAAGAGAUGCAGCAGCUGGAGCUGGCCCAGAUCAGACAGAGAGAGGCCAACCUAACGGCGCUGGCGGCAAUCGGCCCGAGAAAGAAGCGGAAAAUGGACUCUCCUGUUAGGGGCGCCAGUGCAGAGGGCUCUGGGUCGGGCCCUUCUCAGCCUGGAAGCUCCAGUGGAUCAGGAUCCAGACAGUUUAUGCGACAGCGCAUCACCAGAGUCAACCUCAGGGACCUGCUCUUCUGCCUGGAGAAUGAAAGAGGGGCCAGUCACUCUCACCUGCUCUAUAAAGGCUUCCUCAAAUAGCACCCGCAUUGAAAUCGCUAGUCUCGCUCAGUGGCAUUAAGGAGGCGUAGUCGGCUCAGACCCUUUCAACCGGUACUUUUCUUUUUCUUUCUUUGAUCGCCCCGCCGCUGAAUGAUGAGACGUCUGUCUGUGGGAAAGAGAAUUAUCUGGAACACUGAGGAGACAUCUUCUUUCUUUUUUUUUUUUUAAAAAGCCUCUUCGAGCACAGGUCCCGUAUUCUUUUGCCCGAGGAGCAAGUAUUUGAACUCGGCCCUGCUUUCAGCGUGCCUCUCAGCUCUCGGCUUGCUCUUUAGAGAGCGGUUGAACCAGAACCACUCUUCGGUCAUGCACUGCCUCAUGCUGCACACAAGAAAAAAAACAAAAAAAAAACUGUCUUUAACCGAACUGAGCACUUCAGACCCAAAGACCUCGUCAGUGUCGCGUGCACCGACGCACCGUGUUGUAGCCGCAAACCUCUGUGAAGUGGGUCCAUUCUAGACUUCAUGUGCAACGGCCUGAUUUUUCAAAAAAAACUGCAGUAACGUGCAUAUGUUCACGACCAUGUUGACGUAAACAGAGAUUUUAAUUUAUCACAUUUAUACGAUAUUUUAGUACAGUUUCAGAGACUAAUCCUGACUAGCCUUGUCAUCUGCUGAGUUGCCUUCUUAACAAAUUAAGCCAUAUGGAUUAGAAUGUGUUGACCCGCUUCAGUAACAGUUCUCUCCAGAUUUGUAGGUUGGUGCUCUGAUGUUUUGUUGUGCGCUCUGUCUUUGUUCGUCUCGGCUCCAUCGGAAACAGAAAGUCACUGUUUAUACGUCAUGCGUUGUGCAUGAUGUGUUUUCAAACCCUCACAACUCUAAACUAUCCUUUUCACUGUGCUCGCUGCAGACAGAGUGGUGGAAAGCAAAAUUCAACGCACAUUUACUACAAAGACAUAUACAUGUACUUUACAUUCCUAUUGAUCAUUUCUCAAGCAGACCAUACUCGUAGAGAUUUGUUCCCACCUCCCCUACAGUCGGCAGUUAUAUAUUCAUUUCUUUAGUGACGAUAAAUAAUGAAGUUAAAAGAACAAAACCUCCCAUCGCAGUGAACAACUGCGCCAAAGCAAUGUUGUUUUCCACUUUAUCCCUGCACACAUUCAUUUCAGAAGUCUGCAGAGUGUCUGCUGUUAAACGUACUGGUAGCAAACGCUUUGUCCACUGAUACAGAAGAUCAAAGAAUAGUGAAAGAUUUACAUUAUGAAAACAAUAAUGUGGAUUUGGCUCUUGAAAAUUGUUACAAAAAGAAUCAUUCAUGCCAUUUCUCUGCCUUUUCAUAGAUUUCACCCAAAGAGCUGCAGACUUUACAAGUAAGAUGUUCACUGUGAUGGUGUUUGACCCAUAAAAAAAGAUAUGGAUGGAUAAAUGGAAAAAAGAUAUUGAAACUAGAAUGGUAUAAUUGGAAAAUGAAGUAGUUGGUAAUAUAAAGCAUCCAGGCUGUGUAGCUCAUGGGCUAUAAUGCAAAUUGUUAAUAAGUUAGGUUGGAGAAAUGAAUUACAAUCAUAUUAUUGCUUACAGUCAUUUAGGCAAAUCACACAUUUUCCUUUCAGUUGUAUAUCUGCAUUUUUAUAUUUAUGAAUAAUGGAGGAUGAUCAUGUUGGCUAAACAUGGGCAUGACUUGCAGCAGGAGGACUGCACUAUGACAGAUCACUUUUCUAAAAGUAGUCGAUCCGAUGAACAUACCCACUUUAUAACUUUUUAUAUUUUUGGCGCUCAUACUAAUAUCUGUUUUUAUACCUUUUGUCAUUUUCUGAGAGAAUGUUUACUGGCAAAUUUUAUUACUGUAUAUAUUUCAGCUUGCUAUUUGUAGGUUUUUUUUUUCAGUUGACCACUUCAAAUUGGCCAAACUUGUCUUUUAUUUUACGGAGAGUAGACAUGACAGAUAUAUGAUAGGCCUACUUUCUUGCCAAUAUCUUGUACAUUUUGCACAGCCACUUGUUUAUAUGUAAAUAUCUGAAUUUAAAAAAAAGUUUUUAAUUGCUAUUUUAUAAUGGAUUGAAAGAGAACGAUCUCUAUUAAAACAAAAUAAAAAAUAAAAA